AUGGCUGCUUGGUUCGGCCAAAGUAAUAGCACAUCCGUGGCCGUAAUGAUCCUGCUCGUCUGGAUUUCGCUUUUAGGAUGCGCACUGGCUCAGCGUCAGAAGCAGCCCAGCUUACAGAUUCUGCCCGCAUCCUCCGUACAACGCAAACCGGUUGGACACUCGCUGCUGCUAACCUGCCGUCCGGAUGUUCCGGAUACUAAUCUCAUCUCGGAUCUCAGAUGGAACGACAACCGCAACAUGACCAUCCUCCCAAAACCGAUGAACUAUUACUAUCCUCUCUACGAUUCGAAAGGUCGUAGGCUUCCACCGAAGGCGGGCCAGUCGUCGCCGAUGAUCUACACGGAGUCGAUAGCGGGCGGUACGGCACUGGCGCUAAUCUUCAACUCGCUGCAGGAAUCGAUGGCUGGCACGUACUUCUGUGCGGCUUCCUACUCCGUCACCGAGAAGCUGAAUGCGGCUGUCGUGGUCGAAACGUAUGUCGCCAUCACUUGGAAAGAUGCUCCCACAGACCAACGCCCGCUGAUGGGCACGGACUACAUCGUGCGUUGCGAGGUAACGGCCAAUCCUCCGGCAACCGUUGACUGGCUUCGAAACGGAGAUCAGAUCAAAUCCAGCGGUCGGUACGUGAUCGAGAACCGGGGGUUGUUGAUCAAAAACAUUACCGAAGCGGAUGAUGGCGUGUACACGUGUCGGGCCGCUGUCAUGUCUACGGGCGAACUGAAAAACCGCGAAAUAAGGGUCGAAGUUCAGAUCAUGCCCGAAGUCCAGCGAUUACCGCGGGUGAUGGACGCCGUCGAGGGCCAAUCGUUCUCGGUGAUGUGCAACGCCACCGGCAAACCGGUGCCCGAGUUCCAGUGGAUCAAGAAGGGAACCCAACAAAAUGCGGCCGAUUUGGACAGAUUCUCCGUGAACUCCAUCACCGGGCAGCUCGACAUCAGUCAGGUUGAACAGCAGGAUCACGACAGCUACGCUUGCAUUGCACGUAACCCAGCAGGCCAAUCGGAGUCGGUGACGAAGCUUAACGUGCUAAUCCGACCAAAAAUCAUUGAGUUCAUCAACAUCACGGUGUCGGAGAACGAAGAGGCGGUGUUUCUGUGUAAGGCUUUCGGUCGUCCUGCGCCAGAGAUCACCUUCCGCCGGUAUGGUACGGUCGAAGAGUACUCGAUCGGACUGCAGGUCAGUGACGAUCGCAUCAUCCUGGAGCAGUCGACGGAUGAUGAGAAGGGCGAAACAGUCGGCACACUGCGUAUCUCUAAACUCACCACCACCGAUGACGGGCUGUACGAGUGUAUCGCUCGAAAUCGCGGAGAUGUUGCCUUCAAGGUUGGCCACAUCACGGUAGAGUAUCGACCGAUCUUCGAUCACAUGAAGGCACUACCGCCGGUGUACACGUGGGAGGAACGACCAGCCAACCUGAGCUGCUUUGCGCAAGCCAUCCCGAACGCGACCAUCGAAUGGCGCUGGAAUGAUCGACGCGUGCAGGACCUGUACGAUACGAACAUGCGUGUGGAAAACCACGGACUUCGAAGUGAUCUGAUCAUUACACCGCGCGAUCGCCGCUACUUCACGGCGUACAAGUGUGUCGCCAACAAUCGGCUGGGCAGUGCGGAACAUUUGAUGGAAUUGCGCGAGGCACGCAUCCCAGAGAUGGUACCGCAGGCAAAACCACGCAUCGUCAGUGCGACCUCGAUCACGUUCGAUGUGAUGGCACCGCCCGUUGAGCCUGGUCUACCACUGACCGCAUUUUCCGUGCAGUGGAAGGAACAAUUCCAGAGCGAUUGGAACUUUGCCUACAAUCGCACCUGGUCUCCCGAUAGUCCGUACAUUGUCGAGGGUCUGCGACCGCAGACGGCUUACUCGUUCCGUUUUGCGGCCCGAAACGUUGUCGGACUGAGCCAGUGGGGUGCGUACGUCGAUCAGUCCACACCACGGCGCUCGGAACCGGAAACACCUCGCAUACUGCACACACCCAUCCAGGAGGAAGAGGAGGACAACGAUCCGAUCGUUACGUCACCGUACGCCGAUCACUUUGACAUGCGGUGGAACAUACCCGUGGACAAUGGUGAGCCCAUCGACAUGUACCGCAUCAAGUACUGCCCGGGCACGAAGGUGAACGGAAUCUGGACCGAGAUGGAGGAGCACUGCAUCGAGCAGGACAUCGUGCGCAUGACCAACUACGAGAUGCGCAAUCUGCAGGCAGACACCUACUACCGGAUAGAGCUGAUGGCGCAUAACGCGAUCGGUUUCUCGAAGGCGGCGCACGUACUCAUGAAGACCGCACGAGGCAUCGACGUGGUGUUGCGUGUCGACAGCCCCACACUGUCGUCGGCCGCCGUCAUCGGGAUCGUGAUCGGAUCCGUGGUGCUACUUCUGCUCAUCGCCGAUCUACUGUGCUGCGCGUUUGGUAACCUCGGCAUCCUGGCCACACUCUGCCGGAAGACGAAACGAUCACCCUCUGAUUUGGACGACGAGGCCAAGCUUGGCAGUCUCUACGGUUGGCGUUUUCCACUACCCUAUUGCAGUGGCAGUCUGAUCAAGGAGCGUCCGCCAUCACCGUUGCCGCUGCCGCCGCCGAUCGUUAAGCUGGGCGCCACUACGCCACUAGAGGACGAAAAGCAACCCCUCAACACACAACCCCCGGCAGCAUCUCCUCUGAAGGUAAACUCAUCGGUCGAGUACGACGGGCGUGUAGUUCAUUCGCGAAGCGGCGAAAUUAUUGGCAAAAAUUCUGCCGUGUAA